CAUCUAUCUAUCUAUCGCAAUGUACCCGCUACACGUCUACCCGCACUUAAGCACUUAGACGCGCCCAGAAUUCACCCCACCUUCUAAAGCUCUUAAUAAUUACGACUGCCCCCCUUAGUAAGUUGCUCUUCGUCUAAGGAGCAAAUACUUCUAAUUUCCUACAAAAUGAAUAGGCGCAUGCUUACUAAAGAGGAUGAAGCGGCCGGCGAUGAGGUCGAGGUGCGCCGCGAGGACCAGGACAAGAUCAACAAGUUCAGUCGUCUACAUCAACGUGAAUUAAUCCUGGAGGAAGAGCUGAAGGCCAAGAAUAAGGAGAAGGAAGAACUCGACGAUGUCUCCACUGAACUCGAGCUUGCAGACGAAGACGACACGGUGCCUUAUAAGAUCGGCGAUGCUUUCUUCCACCUACCGCUUCCACAGGCACAAGAAUUUUUAGCCUCGUCAACUACAAGAGUGGAGGAAGAGGUGUCGGCACUUGAAGACAAGAUUGGUGGGCUGAAGGACGAGAUGACGCAGCUGAAAGUUGAGCUCUACGCGCGAUUUGGGCGUAGUAUCAACCUUGAAACAUAGGAGUAUCGGCUAGCCGUUGCAUGAAUGAACUGGUACCAAGGUCAUAUGGUGCCUCAGAGAUUUCACUCGGAGGUUGGGUUGUCUUGUUACUCAGGCAAGUCUCACGAUGGCCGCAUUGUGCCGACCAAGUUCUCGGUGCUGAGUCUCUAGCAUGGAUAGAGAUAUGAACUAACUGUCCUCAAGUAAACCUUCACGAUGCCUGCUUGCGCAGCUGAAUAAUAAUGGAGACCUAGACAGUAAUUAUCUGUUACGAGUCUACGUAGAUUAUACGAUCCUAGGUCUCAUAAACUCACAGCUUCGCUACAUGAAAUACAACAAAAUCUAGAAUCUUAACCUAUUAUCCUAUUACCCUAGGUAAGGUACUUAAGGUAUACAAGCCGCUCCAACCAUGCUUAAGGGUGAAGUCAAUAUUUUGUACUUAUUAAAAUUCGUAAGACUUGGGUAAGCUCUGAUUGGGUUAGGUAUUUAACUGUAUACAGCCACGAUGCGAAUCCAGCAGUGAGGGAAAUAAUGUCGUUAUUACCACAAAGAACUAUCAAUCUAUAGUAAGGUACAUAAAGGAACCCUUUGUAUACGACAUUUAAGAGUACAUACGGUCCUUCGAACGAAAAUGUUUAAAUUCUUAUGCUAUCAAGCCAAGGAUAUAUCUUAUUCGAGCCAGCCAGUUAUCCAAGUCAUAUCUGAAUCCGUC